UAAAUUUUUAUGAGGUGGCACAAUAUGAAUCACACAAUAAAUACAUAUGGUACACACCUUAAAGACUUUCCCUUGACUUCAAUAUAAACAACAGCAAAAACCAAGCUCUUGUUAAUGGAAAUCAUGGCUGAAACCUCCAUCGUCUUCCCAAUCCUCUUCUUGACCCUCCUACUCCUGCUCCUUCUCAAGUACUUCAAAUCUACUACUAGUAAUUCUCGGCCAAAGACUCCUCCACUUCCACCAGGCCCAACCCCAUGGCCAGUUCUAGGCAAUAUCCCCCACUUGGGACAAAAGCCUCACAUAACGCUAACCGAGUUUGCUCAGUUCUACGGCCCCCUCAUGUCACUGAAACUAGGAACUCAACUCUUGAUCGUCGGAUCAUCGCCGGCUGCCGCCGCGGAGAUUCUCAAAACCCACGACCGGGUCUUGUCUGCGCGGCACGUCCCUCAUGCGCUACCGGUCAAGACCCACGAACUCAACCCCUUGUCGCUCGCGUGGGCGUUUGAAUGCAACGACGAGUGGAAGCACCUGAGGACUGUAUGCCGGACGGAGCUCUUUUCGGGGAAGGCAGUCGAGUUACAGACGCGUCUGAGGGAGGAGAAAGCGGUGGAGAUGGUGCAGUUUCUGAGAGGAGUGGAAGGGGAAGUGGUGAAGAUUAAAGGGGUGGUUUUCGCCUCUGUGUUUAACACGUUGAGUAAUGUUAUGAUGUCCAGGGAUUUUAUGGGGUUGCGGGAAGAAGAGAGUUCAACUUCAGGCGGAGGGAUGGAAGGGUUGGUUAGGAGAAUCAUGGAGGUGGCUUCUGCUCCGAAUUUGAGCGAUUUUUAUCCAGUUUUAGGAAGAUUAGAUCUUCAAGGGUUGAGGAAAAGGUCAGAGGAUUUGGUGGCGAGAUUUUUCGCUAUGUGGGAAACUGUUAUCGAAGAAAGAAGGAGAGAGAGGGCAGGGUCCAGUGCUUCAAGCCAUCAAGAUUUCUUGGAUUCUCUUCUUGACGUAGCAUUUUCAAAUGAUCAAAUCAACCAAUUGUUUGCGGAGCUGUUCGCUGCUGGUACAGACACCAGUACCACCACAGUGGAGUGGGCAAUGGCAGAACUUGUAAAAAAUCCAGAAUCCAUGGGCAAAGUCCGCCAAGAACUCGCAACAGAAGUUGACCAAAGUUUUCCAAAAGAAUCCCAUCUACCUCAACUACCAUACCUUCAAGCCUGUGUCAGAGAAGCCCUUAGGCUGCACCCACCUGCACCGUUUCUGCUUCCUCAUCGUGCACUUGCCUCUUGCGAAGUGAUGAACUACACAAUUCCUGAAGAUGCUCAAGUUCUUGUAAAUGUUUGGGCACUUGGAAGAGACCCCACAUUUUGGGAAGACCCGUUACUGUUUAAACCAGAGCGAUUCCUCAACUCUACUUUGGAUUAUAAAGGGAGUGAUUAUGGAUUCUUACCUUUUGGGGCAGGUAGGAGGAUAUGUCCUGGCAUCCCAAUGGCUGCAAAGCAUGUACCUUUGGUUCUUGCUUCACUGGUCCAUUUCUUCGAUUGGUCUCUUCCGGGUGAGAUUGAUCCUAACGGGUUAGACAUGAACGAGAAGUUUGCAGUAACAUUGCAGAUGGAACAACCUCUACUCCUCAUUCCCAAAGUUAGAAAGUAACCGAAUAAACUGUUCUUUCACUUGCCAUUUUCGACUGUCCUCGGUCCUUUUUUCUGUUAUCUGAACUGUAUUAGACAUGUACCAGAACAAAUCCUUUUCCGUUCAGAUUUUCUAUGAGAUAUGAUAUAUCUUCAAGUCA